CAUGGCAUGCAGGAGAAACAGGGUGUCACAAUAAUUUCAGAUGGAUUUUGAAAUGUCCUCUAAAUGAACCUAGAAUAAAUCAUGUGAAUAGGCUUCAGUGCACAGAUUUCAAACCAUACAUGCAUGUGUAAUGAGCCAGUGCCAUGAAAACAUGUUAUUUUGUUGUAGAGGGUUAAUAUACAAUAUUUAGUCUUAUUUACAUAUACAAUAUUUAGUCUUAUUUAAAUAUAAAUAUUUGGUCUUACACCCUGGUAAGACUAAAAAUAUCAAAACAGUAUUCCUCCGACUCGUCAGGAAAGCAUGUAGUUUAUUAGGCUACAGAUUACAUUAAUUUGAUGAAUUUCACAGAGUGGUGAAGUGCAUGGUAGUGCAUCUGUAGAGUUGAAAAUGAGAUGGGAACCCAUUUAACUUGUAUUUUUUAUUCAGAAAAUUGGAAUUUAACAGCAAAUUGUAUUUUUACGUGCAGUAUUUUAUCUGCAACAAAUCAAUUUGGUGGGAAAAUGUGCACAUUGUUUUUAUGCGGAUUUUGGAAUAUUCACAUGAUAAUCUGUCACCAAUUGGAUGGAAACCUAGCUAGUGAUGCAAAACUGAAGAAAUAAUAAUCAAAUAGAACCACGUGCAUUUUUGUAGGCCUAUAUGGUAUGAUAUCAUGAUCUAGUGCAGGAAGGUUUUAUUACUAUGUUAUUGUCAUUAGAUUGUGCCAUUAGGUUGUAGAGAAGAUAAGUGUCCUACACAUAACCUAAAAAUAGUAAUUUAGCUACUUAACAACAAUAUCGUCCUAUUGUUACUCAUUUAAAUUCCUCACUUAGCUAAUAAAAUAGUCCUAAUAAUAUAAUAAGUUGAAAUGGCAUCACAUUUAAAUCCUCAAUUAUUGUAUGCCCUUAUGGACAGAGGUUACAUUAUGGGAAACAAAGGUACAGUGUGUAGUUUCUACAGCAGUCUUUCAACUUGCAAUAGAAGUAUGUGUAGCCUAAUUAUGAAUGUGCUUGUUUAUUUGUUAGUUUUUUUGUAAAUGUGUGGAAUUCGUUUAAAUAAAAUAUGAAUACUGGGAGUUGUAGUAUAGCGUUUAGAAAGAUGGCCACUGGUGCAUACUGGGAGCUGUAGGCUUCACACUGACUCCACCCAUUCCUGUUAAAACAGGAAAUAGAGAAUAAAUGAUGGAAGCCAAAGCAGGGAUCAUUAACGUUUUAAAAAUGACUUAAUAAAAGGUAAUGUUUUUCGAAAUGUUGCUACAGUUAUGUACAAUUCGUAGUAGGUGUUAGCUAGGUAAUUUAAGUCAAAAAAUGAAUGAAUCAUUGUCAAUUUCGCACGUGCACCAAACCAACGACAUUAUCGAAUGGGGGAACGCGUUCUCUAUUGAUAAUAACAACGUUGAGCGCGUCAUUGCUUUGGAGAAAAAUUGUUACGUCAUCCUCACAUUUGAGAAUUAGCUUGUACGUUAGUGAGCGAUGUAGCUACACACCUGUGUAGUUUAGAGUACAUAAUUGCAAUAACUUGUUGUCUCAUGUCUUGUUAUGGGUGUAUUCUUGACCCUAUUCUGUUGCAAAACGUUUCGUAAACGGAAGCAAACGAAACGGGUGGGACUUACCUGCAUUUGUCCAAUUUGCAAUUGUUUGGACUAGUGAUGACACCCUGGGUUGUCUGAAUAAAAACAUUUGAUGAUAACUUGUGAAGUAGCAAUCUGCGUUGCCCAGCUAACGGUAACGUUAGUACCAUCAGAUCAGGAAUAGGCGACAGUUCCAAGUAGCUAGUAACGUUAGUGGUUAGCUGUACAAUAUAAUGGAAGUUAGCAACCCGCUUGGUCAAUAUUAGCAACGUUUUGCAGAAACUGACAUUAGUACUAAUAUUUUGCCUUUGAGAGUUGAACUAUCACAGUAAUACCGAAGAUACUGGUAACUAACCCUUCUUCUAUCUGUGAUACAGUAGUAGCAAGUUAUUCUGACUUAAUCCAUGUCACUAUAUCAUCUGUGUGUGUCAGUCUGUGUGUGGAUUUCUCUUUGCUUACUUUGUGUCACUCAAAAUGUAGGGAGCCAGUAUAUGGUUGCUAUGGAGAUGGCUCCAGAAGACAUAGUGAUUCAGGAGACCUUGGGGGCAGAGGUGGAGCUACUGGAGGAUAUGAACAAAGCCCACAAGCAGAGUCCACCGGAGAUCCCCAGGUUUUCUGUGCCACGUCCAUUCUCCAUGCCAGAGGACUCGAGUGACGAUGACUGUGACCUGUCAGGGGACAGCAUCUCUGCUUACGGCAUGCAUUCCAUGGAGCUGGGGGGAAAGUGCUGGGAAUGUGGCGUGCAAUUCAAGUCUGGCCAGGAGUUGAUCAAACACUUUGAGAGCCACAGAUCCAAGGUCUCAACGUCCUGCAACAUAUGUCAGGUGACUUUCAGUCGCACAGUAUCACUGGCUAUGCACCUAGUCAACGCACACCCAAACUUAGUCCUCCAUUGCAGUAACUGCCAGCUGCAUUUCAGCAACUUGUGGGAUCUCAACAAGCACAUUGGAAUACACUUGUUCACCGAGUUGUUAAAUACACCCCUAGAGGACAUCUCAAAUAAGGACUUGAAUAGCAGUGAAGAGACUUUAAAGGGACAGUAUACUCUACCUUCAGCCUUGGCCGUCAAACAUGAGGACAACUCAAAUGAUGGCUUGAAUGGCAGUGAGGAAACUUUAAAGGUACAUUAUACUGUACCUUCAGUGGUGGCUCUUGACCAUGAGGACACCUCAAAUGAUGGCUUAAAUGGCAGUGAGGAGACUUUAAAUGCACAGUGUACUCUACCUUCAGCAGUGACCCUAGAUCAUACGUAUAGCAUGGAAAGCAAUGGGAGAAUGACAAAGACCAGACAUAGGCUGGAGGAGGAGGAAGAUGUCAAACCAGACCCUUCCACUCUGACCCUAGGCCCCUCCAUUCUGACUCCCUCACUGAGGAUCCGUGUAAAACUGGAGAGAGGGGUUGAGGUUGAUGGCGCCCCCCUCCAGUCGGAUGAGGGUAUCAGCGAUGGAGAGGGGAGUGAACAUAGUGAAGACACUGAGAGUGCUGGAGGAACAGACAACGACAGGUUAACAGAGAGCAGCGGAGAAACUGAUAUCGAUGAGGAGGACAUCAUGCUGAGUGAAGAAGAGCAGGAGGAAGUUAAAAGCAAACGGGAGGAUAGGAAGAAUGACAUCCAGAGCGAAAAAGAGGACGAGGAUGCUGAGAUGCUUAUUGACCAAGAGGGUGAGCCCUCCUCGUCUGAGCGGGAGUCAGAAUUUGACCCAGAAGAGUUAUCAGAUUCUGACUCGGGGUCCAGCAGCACUGGGGAAUCCAGUGGGUCUUCUUACACUCCUGUGCGCGCACGGAACGCCAAGACCCGGCCAUCCCGGACUAAGCAGCCCAAGACCAAGUUGUCCCAGGUCAAGCCUUAUUAUUGCAUCUAUUGCACCAAAGGACCGUAUCAUAAUAUGGACUUUCAUGUGAAGACCUGCAAUAUGAAGGACUUUCAAUGCUCUUUAUGCCAAGCCGUCUUCCCUACCGAGAUGGCCAUGUUGGACCAUGAGGUUCGGACUCACUCUGAAGCCAUAUCGGGCCAAAUGUACACCUGUGAGUUCUGCCGUCAGGUCUUCCCCGAUCUGGCCAUCUACAAAAACCACAACUGUCCCAAAAAAAACACAUCCCCCCCAUAUGUCCCUGAUCACACUACGUGUAUCCAUUGUGGAACAGGGCCAUUCACUAAUAUGGACGUCCAUUUGAGAGGCUGCAGUUGGAAAGGUCUUACAUGCACUGAGUGCAGGGUACUCUUCCAUAAUAGGAAGGCCCUGCAGAACCAUAACGUUUCAGUUCACGGACAGCUUUCCACUACGUGUGCUGUUUGCGGCAGAGGGCCAUUCACUGAUAUGGACUUCCAUUUGAGGAGCUGCUCUAGGGAUCGGUCCUUCCAAUGCUCUGAGUGCAAAGUCCAAUUUCCUUCUGAGAAAUCCCUGGUGGACCAUAAUCUUCAAUAUCACAGUGCCACAUCAAAGACCUCUGACCAAGGUGCCUGUGUUUAUUGCGGCAGUGGACCAUUCACUAGUCUGGACAUCCACAUGAGGACCUGCUCUAAGCAGAAGGGCUUAAAAUGCUCUGUGUGCAAAGUUGUUUUUCCUACUGAAUCGGUCCUGGCUGAUCAUAUGGUUUGCUAUCAUAGCACCCCAUACCAUGUCCAUAGCACCCCAUACCAAGUCCAGAGCAUCCCAUACCAAGUCCAGAGCACAGACUCAGAGACCCCUGAAGGUACCUGUCUCUAUUGUGGCAGAGGUCCAUUCACUAGUCUGGAUAUCCACUUGAGGACCUGCUCUGGGAAGAAGGGCUUCAAAUGCUUUGUUUGCAACGUUUUCUUUCCUACAGAGACAGCCCUGGCCGACCAUAAGGUUCUCUUUCACAGUAUCCCAUCAGAGACCCCUGACAAAGGUACCUGUGACCAUUGUGGCAAGGGGCCAUUCACUAAUCUGGACAACCACAUGAAGACCUGCUCUAAGAGGAAGUGCAUCCAAUGUUCUGUGUGCAAGUUUUUCUUUCCUAGUGAUGUCCUGGCCAACCAUAUGAUUUCCUAUCACAGUACCAAAUCCAGAGUUCAGAGCCCAGUCACAGAGAUGCCUGACAAAGGUGCCUGUGUCCAUUGCGGCAGAGGGCCCUUCACUAGUCUGGAACAUCACAUGAAGUACUGCAAUAAGCAGAAGGGUAUCCAAUGCGUUAUGUGUAAAGCUUACUUUCUUACUGAGGGCAGUCUGGUGGACCAUAUUGUUUUAGCUCACGCUGACAAGCUGGUCACCCAAGCUGGUGGGUCCUCCGCUACGACUUUCUCCUUCGUACCCAUGGCUAUCUCUACCACCUCAGGCCAGCAGAGCCCCAGUAGCUCCACCCUGAUGUGUUGCAGUAGUGGAAAUAAGGAGCUGAAACGACUGGCCCCAGUCCCAGUGUCUGAUCAGGGCCACCGUGCAGUUGGCCAGCUAACACCUGCUGGACAGUCUGUGUCACUGCCUAGAGUAAUGCUGUCUACCACCUCCUCUUCCCAGCCAGCUGUUCCUGUGGUGGCCACCUUGCUCAUUGACAACACUGGUGGUGGUCCAGCGAAAAUGGCCAGGCUGAUCCCAGUGGCCCCACAGACCAACCCUCCCAAACCUCAGGUCACGGCGCCCACACAUACUAACACAGCAAAGCCCCUUGGGCAGUUCUCUAACCUUCUGCAACAGACUGUCCAUCAGGCAAAAUCUGUCCAACAGCAGACACCCAGGCCCAUUGCCCUAGCCAUGGACCCUAUCAGAUCCCCCACCACCCCAUCCCCUAGAUCUGUCUCAGCCUCUGCCCCGGGGAAAAUCACCAUGAUCCACCUCUCACCUGUCCAUACCCCCCCUCUAGCGCAGUCUUCCCCCCUUACCCUUGCCUUUUCCCCAGCCCCUCUAAGCAUCAUGUGUAUGUUUGUGAAUAGAAGUAAGGAGCUGGCCCUGGAGAAACGCAUGAAGAUGAGCUGGCGCUCCAAGUGCACCUACACCUGCCGCCAGUGCGGCGCCGUCUCGCAGCAGCCCUCGCUCAGUGUGAAGCACCGCUACCUCCACCGGGGCUCCCGGCGGUACCGCUGCCACUGUGGUAGGUCGUUCCUGCGGCGGUUGCACCUCCUGCGCCACUACCUCCAGCACGCCCAGGCCACCCGCUACAUAUGCACUGCCUGCGGGGAGACCUUUGACGGGGCAAAGUGCCUCGCACAGCACAUGGUUGGAGCUUCCAACACGACUCGAUGUCCCGGUGACAGCAUAACUUUGAAGCUGAGGAAAGCGUGCCGGAUGCCCUUCUCCUGUCACUGUGGGCAGGUGUUUUGUAGGCCCGCUGCUUUUCUCUGGCACAAACUGAAAAACACCCAAAGGACUUAACACUGAAAUGGGCCCACAGCAGGGCCCUAUUCAAAGCAGUGGUUUUUCCAUGGCUCACACAGACAGGCAAGCCUAUCAUUUACUAUGCUUAGGGAUAGAAGAGGACAAUGCAGUUUGUGGACUUGUUUGACUUUUUUUUACUGUGAUUGAAAGAUGAUUCCUUAUGAAAUAAUCUAUUUAUGUAUUGGUUUAAAAUGUGUUUUCACUUCCACUAAAACAUUGUUUUUACCAAAAAUACAAUCUUAUUAAAAUGAUAUAUUUGA